CCUCACGUAGACUGCCACCUUCUACCCGUGACAGCAAUUAUUCCGCAAUCGACUUGAGUGCAUUCUCACGUCCGCAAAGGAUAUCAUGGAUGACCAACACGUAGCGGCACGUAAAGUGCCCAUGCGUGUGCUAUCACUGGGCUUCUCCCGCACAGCUACCUCUUCAAUGAAAGCCGCGCUAGAGAUCCUCCUCGGCGCACCAUGCUACCACGCGUUUGAGCUCUACGACCACGUCGACCACUGCGCGACCUGGAACGCCGCGCUCGACGCAAAGUUCUCACCACCUGACCAGCAACAGGGCAGCGGCGGAAAGCUUUUCACGACCCAGGCCCAGUGGGACACGGUGCUGGCCGGCUACGCCGCCGUCACGGACGUCCCGGCCAUCUGCUUCGCCGACGAGCUCCUCGCCGCGUACCCGGACGCCAAGGUGGUCCUCGUGCAGCGCGACACGGAGAAGUGGUUCCGCAGCUUCGACGACAACGUGUCCCGCCACCUGUACGACUUUGCGUCGAACCUGGUCGCCCGCCUGGACAGGUGGUACCUCGGCCCGCCCGUGAGCGUGCACCACCGCUGGGCGAGGGGGUGGAUGGGCGCGGGGAGCUGGAACGAGAUGCGCGUGGUGUCGAGGGGGUUUUACGAGCGGCACUAUGAGCAUGUCCGCGAGAUCACGCCCCGGUCGAGGCUGCUCGAGUAUGAGCUUGGGAGCGGGUGGGGGCCGCUGUGCGAGUUCCUCGGGGUCGAGGAGGUCCCGGAUGUUGAGUUCCCCCGGGUCAAUGAGUCGGCGGCUAUGGAUGAGAAGAUCAAAGGUGUGGUGAGCAAGGGGAUGCUUAGUAUCGCGUCGCAUGUGGUGUUGUAUGGCAGUCCGGUUGUCGCCGCGCUGGCUGCUGGGUGGUGGUUUGCCAGUGCGCAGUGAUGCAGCAAGCAGGCAGGAAGGAUGAGCCGACUCUAGACUCUGGGCAAUGUAGAAGCUGCGGCAUUGCUGAUUUCAGCUUCAAGUGUUUAGGGCGACUAGGCUUGUGUGGAACUAGUAGACUCAUGC